AUGGCUGAGAGAUGGUUAGAAAGAAUUGCUGAUAUUUUUGCUGCUCUAAAUUGCACGGAGGAAGGGCAAGUGGCAUUUGCCAUGUUUCAGUUCGAGGAAGCUGCCCAAUCAUGGUGGAACAUGAUAAGGGCCAAGUGGGAUAGAAAACAGACUCCUAGGACUUGGGUAAACUUUACCCGGGAGUUUAAUACUAAAUUCCUCCUUCCGCUAACCCAAGAGAAAAGGGAAGAUGAUUUCAUCAAGUGUAAGCAAGGAUUGCUAAGUGUCGCGGAGUACGAGACACUAUUCAUCAAAUUGUCAAAGUUCACCCCUGAGUUGGUGGCGACUGAACAGAGGAGGAUAAGGAGGUUUAUUCAAGAUUUAAAUGUGGAAAUACAAGAAGGUAUAGCAGCGGCCCAAAUCACCAGUUUUAGUGAUGCAAUUGAGAGGGUUCAGAGAAUUGAAAGUGCAAAAGCUCAAUUGAGUGCCUUUAAUACAAGAAAAAGGAAUGCUCCUAGUGGUAGCCGUGGUCCAGUGGAUGCGAAUGCUCCACCUCUCAAUUUUGGGAGAGGAAUGAGUGGAGUGAACACCUCGAAAGCACCAAGAGGAACAAUGACGAGAGGAGCUACGUCGAGAGGGGCAUUUUCUAGAGGGACGUCAAGUGGAAAGGGAUAG